AUGGAUCGUGUUCGUGUGAUGAACGUUUUCGGCAAUGGAGCAUCAGUGGAUGUGACCCUGAAGUACCUGACCAAGGAGCAUGUCACAUAUUACCUGACCCUGGUCCAAAAAUCCAUCUGGGAAGAAGCGAGAACAUCUUCAUGGUGGUCUCUACUAUACCAACCCCCAGACCACAUUUCGACCGACCACUACCCAACUAUUCAGAAUCAUUACCAAAACGCCCUGAUGAUACUUCAAUCAUCUUCUCGAGGAUCCUGCCUCCAAUGGCUCACAUCCCAAUUUAACCGGCGUCGAUUUCAGCUCUCGUUCGCUCUUGCCAUUGUUCUUCUCCUCUCCUACCUCUUCCAUCUUGAUGUCCUCCCAACGAACUAUGAGACCCCCUUCAAAGACCACUAUGCUCGCACCCUUUCAGCACGAGACCUUCUCGCCCGUCCGCUCUCUCAAGACCUUACCACCAUCCCUAAGCUUAUCCAUCAGACGUGGUUUCCUGCCGGUAGCAAUAUGAGCGACGAUGCCCAAACCUGGGUACGGACAAUGCGCUCUCAAAAUGCAGAUUGGGAGUAUGUACUCUGGGAUGACGAGACGAAUCGGAUGCUUGUCGAACAGUACUUCCCUUGGUUCCUGACAGAUUACAACCGUCUCCCCAAGGAGAUCCAUCGAGCAGAUGUGGUGCGCAACCUCUACAUGUAUCUCUUCGGAGGAAUGUACGCCGACGUCGACACAGAAGCUCUCCGACCCGUUGAGCCCCUCUUCACCAGCCAUUUCACCACCCUCGCCAAGCACAAUCAAAUCCUCUCCUCAGGGCCGCGCAAGAACGACCAUGACUGCACGCAGCGCGGAUUUGUCGGCCACAUGGCACACAAAGAAGGACUGGAUGGCCCCGCCGCCGUCCCUAAUGGUUGGAUGGCAUCACCCCCCGGCCACCCUUUUUGGCUCCUGCCUGUAAUCCACGUGAUUGAGAACCCCAACGGGAAUGGCGAUGGAUCUGUCGAGUCACUCACGGGGCCUGGGGCACUCGGUACUAUGCUACACAAGUAUUACGAGGACUUUAAGGAUAGUUCGGUGCGGACGCAUGUGUGUCGAACGGUGCGGCGGUGGUCACCUGCGUGGGAUUUGUACUGUGGACCGGAGGGCAGUGAGGAAGAGGUUGGGGCAAAAGCUGAUAAGAUGGUGGUGCUACCGCGACAGCAGAUCUAUCCGUAUAGCUGGGCGGAUGAUAAGCAUCCGGCAUGUCUGGCAGCAUGGGGAAACCCGGACUUCAAUCCGGAUGAGUGUAAGCGGUGGAUUGAUGUGGAUGAGUGGCCGAGUUAUUUCAUUACAUAUUGUACGCAUUCGUGGUGA